AUGAAUAUAACAAAUAGCGUAAAUGUUUCUGUAGAAACAACAUGUGAAAAUCAAAUUCAAGAGAUUACAUAUGACGGAACAGAAAUCUACCAACCUCCUCCUACCCUAUCCGAGACAUUGACCCGGUGUGCGGCACGAAUAGAUUUUAGUAAAACUUCCUUGGAUGAUUUGAAGAAAGAAGAUAAAGCUAUUGAAGAUGAUAGCAAAGAUGCAACUCAAUUCCAACCAAGCCUUUGGCCAUGGGACUCAGUCCGGAACAAGCUCAACGAUGCAUUGACUGAAAUAUGUGUACUUUCUGAUGUCAUUUCAAUUGCUAAAGAUAAACGUUAUUUGGUAUUGGAUCCAGUACCAGAAGAACAAGAUGAUGUAAAACCCAUUGUCCAAGUUUACAGCCGUAAAAAGGCUUUGGGUCAAGCAGCACAAGUUUUAUUGAGUGGAGCCGAGCGGCUGCGUAAUUCGCAUAGUGAACAGCGAAAUCGUAAUGUUACAGACUUCCACAUUGAGUUGCUACGCCUAAGACAGAACUGGCGACUAAAAAAAGUGUCAAACGCAAUAAUCGGCGAUUUAAGUUAUCGCACGGCAGGAUCCAAAUUUGGAAUGAGCGGAACAUUUGAGGUUACUAAGGCUGAAGAGUUAGCUGACGAUGACUCUGCAUCUGGAAGCAGCACAGGUGUUGGUAAUAAUGGUCUGCCAACCCAAUCGCCGAAAACAACAUCAUCUUUACGUGUUAUAGUUCCAGCAGAGCUGCAAGGAGUUGCAUACAUAAAAGUAAUCACUCAAAAAGACCAAGAAGACUUAUGCACCGCCAAUGUUAACCUAAUGGGACAUGGACCUAAUAUAACUCAACAAGCUGGUGUAUGGCAAAAAACUUUGGAAUUCGCACAGAAUGUACUGUUCUGUAAGGAGCUGUUCAGUCAACUCGCACGCGAAGCUAUUCAAUUGCAGGCCCCAAUACCACAUGUUGUUAUUGGUAAUCAAAUCCGGGCUACCCUAUUGCCAGGAAUUCAGCUAAUUAUUUCGCUAUGCCAUUCAACUACUUUCGAUUCCAGUCAACCAGGCCCGAUAAACGAUCAUGAUCAUGUCCUUGAACAUUCCUUACAUCAACUCCUACGUGAAGUUCAUCACAAGAAUUCUCAUCAUCCAUUCCCACAUCCUACUAGUGGACCUUUGGGACCAAGUAAAAAACGCAUGCUCGCUGGACCAAAAGCAGCUGAUCGUCAAAGUUUAUUAGAAAUGACAAAAUCACAAACGAUUCUGGAGCAAAUAAUUGCGCAGGCACAGCACAUAUUUAUGCGAAAACGCACACAAUACGUAUUAGAUACCUUGGCUCGUGAUGUUAAGGAUCCUCAGAUCGUAUCGCAUUGGAAUGCGAUGAACAGUCCUACAAUGUCAUGUGUAAAAAUUAACAUUGUGACGCAUGGUUAUGAUACGAUUAACCGCACAUCGCUGGUGAUCCACGUAAAGGAGCGUUCUCUAAAAUGUAUAUGUCGUGAUGGACGAGUUAUGCAUCUUUCAUACGAACCACAAGAAUUGCGUGACCUCAUAUUAUGCCAGAUUAAUUCUCAUCAGAUAUCAUGUCUUCUUAAUUUGGCGCGAUGCAUGGCUUGGACUGUUUUGUCAAAUAGCAACAACCUCGGCAUAGGUAAAGUUGAACCACUCGGCAAUGCCAGCUCCUGCUUAUUGGCGUCGCCAAACAGUGAUCGGAUGAUUGCGGUACAAAUACGAUGCGAUCCGCAAAUAGAUGUUAAAGUUUAUAUUGCACGAAGUCCGCGUCCAGACUUUAUACCCAGUCCACUAGUACCAGAAAAGUUCUGGGAAAAUUUAGGCGGACAUUUCAAAGAAGUCCGUUUUGAUAAAAUCGAAGGCAAAAGCUUUUUAAAUAAAAUGGAGUUUCUAAUGGCUGCACUUACUAGUAAUUCAAUAUAAACUUAAUUAUUAACAUCAAAUAUUUGUACAAAGAAUAAUAAUAAAAAAUGAUUGAUUUGAUUCAUGAUUGAAAU